CCCCUUAAACACGUCACUGGCUGGGCUGGCUGCUGGUAUCUGGCGGUGUGGUGUGUGCGGUCGGACUGUGGUUGUGUUUCACGUCUGACCGUGUUGAUAACGACACACUUCGAGCGUAUUUUAUCGAGAUGGGAAUUCUGAAGGCAUGGCUCUAAAACAAAUUGCCCUAACGCUGCUGGCCCUGUCCGGGUUGGCGGCUGUUGGUGAUGCUUUACGUUGCAACUGCACAACCUGCGAGAAGACGGGCUAUGAGUGUGAGACGGACGGAGCCUGCAUGGCCUCAACCUUCAUGGUUGGUCUGAAGGAGGAGCGCGUGCGCGUCUGCAUCAACCAGGUGGACCUGGUUCCUGCUGGACACCCCAUCUACUGUCUCAGUGCUGAAGGCUUCUCCAACACCCACUGCUGCUAUGAAGAUUACUGCAACAGUAUUGACCUGCAAGUUCAAGUACCAACAAAUAGUGGUGGGGUAGGGUCGGAAACAGGAAGCAUGUGGGGGCCGGUGGAGCUGAUGGCGAUCAUUGCAGGACCCGUGUUCCUGCUGUGUGUGUUGCUGGUGGUUGGCGUGUUCUUUUUUCACCACCACCAGAGAGCCUACAGCCACAGACAGAGGCUGGAGGUGGAGGACCCUUCCUGUGACCACCUCUAUCUGGCCAAGGACAAGACCCUCCAGGACCUUAUUUUUGACAUGUCCACUUCUGGAUCAGGCUCUGGACUGCCUCUGUUUGUUCAGCGGACAGUAGCCAGGACCAUCGUGCUCCAGGAGAUCAUAGGAAAGGGUCGUUUCGGGGAGGUGUGGAGAGGGAAGUGGAGAGGAGGAGAUGUAGCAGUGAAGAUUUUCUCAUCCAGAGAGGAGCGCUCCUGGUUCCGAGAGGCUGAAAUCUACCAGACAAUCAUGCUUCGGCACGAAAACAUUCUAGGAUUCAUUGCAGCGGACAAUAAAGAUAAUGGCACAUGGACGCAGCUGUGGCUGGUGUCGGACUAUCAUGAGCAUGGCUCUCUUUUUGAUUACCUGAACCGCUACUCUGUCACCAUCGAGGGGAUGAUCAAACUUGCACUUUCAGCUGCAAGCGGACUGGCACACCUGCACAUGGAGAUCCUCGGCACUCAGGGUAAGCCAGGAAUUGCACAUCGAGACCUCAAGUCUAAAAAUAUCCUGGUUAAGAAGAAUGGGACGUGUGCUAUCGCCGACCUCGGACUGGCAGUCCGCCACGAGUCCAUCACAGACACAAUCGAUAUAGCACCAAACCAGCGUGUGGGCACUAAGAGGUAUAUGGCUCCAGAAGUCCUGGAUGAAACCAUCAACAUGAAACAUUUUGACUCCUUUAAGUGUGCAGACAUUUACGCGCUGGGCCUGGUGUACUGGGAGAUUGCACGCCGCUGCAACACGGGAGGUAAAACAGAAAAAGCAUUUGACGUUUGGAAGAACAGAAACAUGCAAUCAGAGGCUUAUUUCUGCUUUUUUGUUUUUUGCCCUGCAGGUAUUCACGAGGAGUACCAGCUGCCCUACUAUGACCUCGUGCCCUCUGACCCCUCCAUAGAAGACAUGAGGAAGGUGGUUUGUGACCAGAAACUGAGGCCCAACGUGCCGAACUGGUGGCAGAGCUAUGAGUCGCUGCGUGUGAUGGGGAAGAUCAUGAGGGAGUGUUGGUACGCCAGCGGAGCGGCCAGACUGACGGCUCUGCGCAUCAAGAAGACUCUGUCCCAGCUCGGCGUGGAGGAGGAUGUGAAGAUGUGAGCGGACAGGGCGGCAACAUAAGAUGCACAACCCGACCGCAUCAUAGGAAACAAACACUAAAGACAGACUGCAAGUGAAACCCUGCCAGUUUUAAAGCCACACUCCAAGUUGUGACAAGGCCUACCUCACCUUUUUAGCCAAAACUACUGAAAAUCUGAUUUCUCUCUCUCUCUCUCUUUGCCUCCCUGUGUUGCACCCCCUUCCCCCUCCACGCCCCUCUCCACAAGCCACAAUACUGCAACCACUGUUAAUACCAUAACACUACGUUUUUCUCCUUUCCCAGGGCAGGAAGUACUAAUAUUGUACAGGGACAGAACUUAUUAUUAUUAUUAUUAUUAUUAUUAUUAUUAUUAUUAUUAUUAUUAUUACCUCUUUAUUUCUGUGACAAACUUGUUUUUUUCUAGAGGAGUCAAAGUGGGUUGUGGCUUUUAAGUUUUAAGCUUCGCUGUCUGUAAUCCAUGCAACAUCUCAGAGUGUGUGUGUGUGUGUGUGUGUGUGUGUGUGUGUGUGUGUGUGUGUGUGUGUGUGUGUGUGUGUGUGUGUGUGUGUGUGUGUGUGAAAAAAAGUUCAGUUAUUUGGUGAUGAAGCAUGAACAUCCAGCUUUUAACUCCGUGACUUGAACAUAAAGCAGAAACGAGUUGGACUCGGCUGAAGAGAGAGAGAGACCUGCAGGUUUGGUUUAAUGAAUGUGAUCCAGUCCUGGUGUUUGUUAGUAAAUUAGGGCUGAGCAUAUUUAAAAAACAGAUUCUUUUGAAUAUCUGUUGUGAUAAAACUGCAUUUUACUCACUCUGUUAAUUCUUCCCCUACACUCCCAUGUGCUUUUACAUUUAGGCCCCUUUCAUCUGAUUUUGCACAUGAAGCCAACGUUCCAUCCAAGCGUUGUUUGUGAUUUUUUUUGCAGCCCUUUGCGAUGUGAGGUUCUGAUAUGUUGUGCAGCCCUAACGUGAGACGUGGCAGGGAAACCGUUUGGGAUAUUUCCUUUUCUGUUAUUUAUUUGUUGAUAGUUUAUGCUUCGUAUUGAUGAACACUGUGAGACGAGAUGCGACAAACCAGAGACUUGAAACGGAAAGCUUUGUGAUUCAGCCCGAGUCUUCGCUGGUUCUCAGACAAAAGGGUUAUUGCGGUUCUUCAGAGAUCGUUUGAAUGUAACCAUGACCCCAUCGGUGACAGGCGGUGAUGUUUUUUAUUUUUGUUGUUUUUUAAUGUAUUGUUUGUGUUUUUAUGUAAAGAGAUCAUAAUGGCUUUCCUGUUUAAUUUGACUUUCUGACUUUAGACACUACUGAUCGUGGGUACAUAUGAUUUAUUUGUCAUAUAUAAAAUGUACACUUGUCUCCUCUUGUAUGCGACAUGUCGUCGUGACAUUUGGUUGAAAGGUACUUUCAUGUCUGAUUUUAUCUGCAGAUUUCAUUUUUGUUCCCUUCUCAUGUCAGUUUGCUGGUACUACUGACCCCAUAUGAACAUGCGUGUGUCCUGGGGUGACACCACCACCUCCUCCUUCUCAUUAGCACUGGAAAACAAAAUAGCAUCAUGUAAACAUUAAAUACUGCCACUGGCUUUUUUCUUCCAGGAACAGCUGACGGUUCACGCACAUUGAAAAUGUAGAGAUGUAAAGGAUGUUGUGGGAAGUUAGAGACGGAAAAAUGAAACUGCAUGUUUUCCUUUUUCUGCAGCUCUAGGCUAUGAAAGUAUUACACUGAUCUUCGUCACCUAGACUCUGCACUGUUCUGUCCUAAAGGGCAUAAUUAAUGUUAGACGAGCCAUCACGUGAUUCAGAAUCCAUGUGUCAUGUUUCCAUUUUUGCAUGCAUCUUUCAGACCCUGGGUAAAACAUUAAGAUGAGUUUUAUUCCACGUCCUAAAGUUCUUUUCUUGUUCUCCGUAUCUGUUCAGGUCAUAGGCUGUGGAAACCAGAACUGUUGCUGCUACUGGUAAUCUGGUUAGAAGUGUAGCGGAUCAAAAGGAUGGGAGAUGGAUGUCAGUUCAACCAAAAUUUUCCAAAAAUGUAACUUUUCUGUUUGGUUUGUUGCCAUCAUCAGAAUCUUAGAAUUUUCUUCAGGAUUUCAAUAUUGUGCAAAUCUUUUCCGAAAUGUGUAUAUAAGCGAUAAACAAUAAAUUCCUCAUUUUUUCUUA